AUGACGGAUAGCGAAUACUCGCCCAAGUUUGCGCCGUUCUUCUCCUUCGCAGGAGUGGCAGCCGCAAUGAUCUUCGGGUCAAUGGGCGCGGCGUACGGGACUGCAAAGUCGGGCAUUGGUAUUGCGGGAGUUGGACAAUAUAGGCCCGACUUAAUCAUGAGGUCGUUGAUCCCCGUUGUCAUGUCCGGUAUCAUUGCAGUCUACGGUUUGGUCAUCGCAGUGCUCAUAUCCGGGGCGAUGAACCCUCCUCCUUCCCAGAAUAUCAGUCUUUACACAAGCUUCAUGCACCUUGCGUCUGGGCUGUCGGUUGGUCUGGCUGGGAUAGCCGCUGGCUAUGCUAUUGGAAUCGUGGGAGACGCUGGUGUUCGCUCUUAUAUGCAGCAGUCACGAGUAUACGUUGGAAUGAUCUUGAUUUUGAUUUUCGGAGAGGUUCUCGGACUUUAUGGUCUAAUUGUCGGCCUUAUCCUCAACUCGCGCAGCGGCGGCUAG